CUCCUGAAGCAUCUCUUCUCUUAACUUGAGGGCCCUGUCCACAACUUCUUGAGCUUCCUCUCUUUUACUCUGCUUCCUUACGCGUCUGUUUUGGAGGCGUAGGCGUUUGUUUUGGAUGUGUGUCUCGCUCGCCCUCCGCUGUUCUUUCUUCCGUGCCUUUGCGGCAUCAUCGACGUUGCGAAGGUUGUAAAAAUCGGUGGUCGAUGCCUGUGCCUGAAAUUGCCGUGGAGUUACUGCACUACGUACAGUACUUCUCUGUGCGCGGUGAUCAUUUGGGAGAGGGACAUCGAUGUCCUUCCCAUGAUAGGCAGAGAUUUGCGGAGAAGAAGGGCCACGAAACGAACCCGUGCCGGUGCCAAAGGCGGCAGGACAAGGGAACUGGUCUGCGGGCUGGCCCGGGUCCAACGACGUCGCUCGGCCCGGUCGAUGUGUUCUGUUCCGCCUCGGCUAACCCCCAACCGCCGGCUAGGAGGACUAGGAUGGCGUCGCCAACCCCACCGGCCGCGACGGACGCCACCGCCGGAGCCGGAGCCGGAGCGGAGAUGCCACCCAAGGACGAAGACGCAGCAAUUCGCCUUCGCCGCAGCCUGUUCGGCAGCGACGAGGAGUUGGAGCAGGAGCCGGAGUCGCCCUCGUCGUCCGGCGAGGACUCCGGUGCCAGCGACAGCUCCGAGGACGAUUUCACGGAGGAGGGCUUGAGGGCGAGGGACGCGGUGCUGAGCGUGGCCAAGUCCGUCGUCGCCCUCGCCGCCUCCGUCGAUGGAGAUCCCUCGUCCACCUUCGCCUGCACGGGCACCGUGGUCGCUCGCGAGGGCCUUGCGGCCUGGAUCAUGACCUCUGCAACUCUGAUCAGGAAGCACGACAGCGGCACCGAGGUCCAUGAACUUUCCAGUGUGAAGAUUGAGGUGCUCCUGCCUAACAAAAAGGUUGUCAAGGGGCAGUUGCUGAUGUACGAUUUGCACUAUAAUGUCGCCAUCGUUUCCGUCGAGUGCGAAGCUGAUCUCCUCGUGGCGGUGCUCGCCGACCUCCCGGGCUCCUACUUCCUGACACCUACUCCAGUCGUUUCGGUUGCCUGGAAAUUUGAGUCUGGAAGUUUGCAGCUGAAACGUGGGGAGACAUUCCGUGCAGUUAGCGAGUUAGAUUGCAAUGAACUUAUGGUCUGCACUUGUCAAAUGGAGCCUCAGAGGCAAAACAAGGAUAACAGCAUUCAGUAUAUUACGACGAUUUUCAUUGGGGGUCUUCUGAUUGAUUUGGAAGGAAGAAUUGUUGGUAUGAAUUUCAUAGACGAGAAUAAAACUCCCUUUUUGCCUGUCCAGCUUGUUGGGAGAUGCCUGAAACAUUUCAGAAAGUUUGGGCGAAUCAAACAACCAUUUCUAGGAAUAAGGGGCCGGGGGCUUCACAUGUUGGAAUUAAAGGACUUGGAGAAAAUAUGCCACAAGUACCAUAAGCCACCUUCUGGAAUUCUGGUGGAGAAGAUUCCUGAAGUAUCAUCUGCAAAUUGUGGAGGCAUUGAGGCUGGUGAUAUCAUUAAUAAACUUGAUGGAGUUGUUUUGCACUCUCCAGCACAGCUUACAACAAUGCUUCUAGACACAAUGGAGGUUGCAGUGAAUAUGCAGCCAGUCGUCCUCCAGGCGACUGUCUUGAGACCCAGGGAUGGUACAACAUUUGUUGCAAACCUAAAAGUAGUGGAAUGCCCCCAUGGUGAAUGCCAUAUGUUGCUCAAAAACAGAUGGAGACUGCCACCGCCAAAAGAGUAUUGGUGGGGGCCAAGUGAAUGGCAUGAUUACUCCGACUAAUUUUUAGCAGCCGACUCGGCAGCACAUUGUUAGAUAACUUUCCUUUUACGGAUGGAGUAUUACAUCAUUCUUAGCGAAAAGAGUAUUACGCGGGCUUUGCCGUGGCGGGAACAUGUGACGGUACAUCAAUGGCAUGCGAGACUAAGGAUAACCUUGACAAUUUCCUGACACGGCAUGGCAACACGAGAAAUGCUACACUUAUGCGUUGAUUCCUACCGAAAGAAGUUAUAGGCCGAGUUGUGAAACCUUGAUUGGAAAUUAGGAGGGAGUGGGACCCGCACUGAAAAUCAGGGAGCAAAGAGAUUGGUAGUCAGGAGUCUGUAGGUUUCUGUGGGAUUCCGCAAGUGUAGAAUUAUUGAUGGCAACGCUGAUUCUCUGGCCUCUAUGGUUGGUACAGACGUUCUGGAAUGGGCCUAGGCAAUGCUGGCCGCCUUGACACGGUGGUCUGGAAGGCUUUCCUUGGCGUCCUCCCAUUGUUUCGCGGCUAUACCGAGGUGCGGGUCGGGUCAGGGACGGGGAGAGCACCGCCUUCUGGGAGGAUGUCAAUACUAGUAUCCUGGCCAUCUGCUUCCCCGAGCUGUUCUCGCACUUGUGGCGCCCCCAUGCUUCUGUUGCUGCUGUCGACGACGAGAUCUCCGGCCACCUCCACCUCCACCUCAUGUUCUCAUCGGCUGUUGGGGCGGAGCUCUGUGCCUGAUAGACGGUCUCAAAUCUCAAUCGUUUGGUGCUACUAGUAAGUAUGCACGUGCAACGCACGUAUCAUAGAGUUAUGAAAUAGAGAGAAAAUUGGAUCGCGGGAAGGGGAGCGGUGGCAUAAGUGUCGAGGGAGGAGGAUUGAUUAUUGCGGCGGCCAUGCCUAUAGGUUCCAUUGGUAUUUCCAGGUUAAUUUUAGUGACUCCUUUGAUUAUGUUGGACUAUUGUAAAAAAGAUUAUUGGGAACUUUUUUUGUGUGUAAAAUAGGUAAUCAAUAAUUGGAAAGCAUGUCCGUGCUGGAUGGAAGAGGUAAAAGAAAUUACCAAGGUAAACAUUGAUAUUAUUUAGGAGUGAAAGACAUAUGCUAAGUAUGGGGCUCUGCUCGUAUCACAAUACCACGUACGAACCAGCUGCACCGAGCUUAAUUACUAUUGUUUCGCUUGCUGCGAAGGGAUUCCCAUCUUAACUGGAUGGAGAUUACGUGUGUGGCGUACGAAUUCGCUGGCCCGGAUCAAUCGGGUGGAUCCACUACUUAGCGGGAGGAUGAAUUGAUGGUCAAUCUCUGAACCCCAGUUCCAGACAAGUUUGAGUAAUUAACAGUACAUGCGAAGGCAUAGGAGACGUGCUCGUACCUGUCCUGGCCGCGUAGCGCUGCAGGCCCACGUCACUAUCGUUCCUCAGGAAGAGAAGACCGGGAGAGUCAAACUAAGAGUCGAGCCGUCGAAGACGACGAACACUCAAACUGGUGAACAAAAAGAAGGAAGUGACGGAAGUCAAGAACGAGCAAAAUCAAGGUCAAGGUCUGAUCGAUCCUCUGAUCCAAACAAACAGGGAAACGAGCACUUUGGUUUCCACGUUAUUCUCUGCCUACAUGCGAACAUGGGCCAGACCUUCUUCUUUUUUCCUUCUAUGUACGUAGUACACAAGGCUAAGUUUCAAAAAAAAUAUGAUGAUGUAGAUCAUGGUAAUUAUUGCUAAUUGAUAUUUUUCCUUCUAUGUAUGCAGUAUACAAUGCCGAGUUUCAAAAAGAAUAUGAUGGCGUAGAUCAUGGCAAUUCUUGCUAAUUGAUAUGAUUAAAAUAAGCCCAGGUUGGAGCGAGAUCGUGGUAAUUAUUGUGUAAUUAUGAUGGCGUAGAUUAUGAUAACUAUUGCUAAUUGAUUAUGAUAAAUGAUGUGAUACAACAUUGAGGCAAUCUGGUCUAUUGAGAGAUGGUGAAUGUAUGACUGAGAUGUAAUGUUUCUGCCACAACCUAAUUGUUUAAUAGUAGUAUAGA